AUGAAGAGAAUGGAGAUCCCCCCUCGGUCUGGCGCCCCUGAAGGCCUCCUUCGGCUGCAGGUGGUGCUGCUGAGCGGUCGUUCUGUCGAGGUAGCCGUGGAUGCUGCUGCCAAGGUUUGGCGAUUGGAGCAAGAAGUGAAGGAUGCAAUUGGAUUUUGGCCCAUCUUGUCCGCUGGUGGGAGGAUACUGAACGAGACCGGAAGCUUGAUGCAAGAGGGCCUGGAAGAGGGGGCCGUCGUGCAGGCUGUUUGCGCGCGGAGCUUCCGUCGCUUGUGCUCCAGCCAGACCGGCCACGGCUUUGUGGCCAUCAUGCCGGACGGUACCUGUUUCCAGCUCGGCCGAGGUAGAUGGCGCUGGGAAGCGAUGCCAGAACAGGUGAAGCAGCAGCCGGUCCAGUGGGUGGAGGUUGCCAGGUUUGGGUUUGCAGCGCUCCUGCGGGAUGGAAGUGUGGUGACCUGGUUCACUUCCGAGAAUGGUGAGAUGCCCCGGGAGCAUCCAGUCCUAGAUGUGGCACGACUGGUCGCAAACUCGGAGGCAUUCGCUGCGGUGCACAGCGACGGCACCGUCACCACCUGGGGUGGCAUGACAGCUGGCGGGGACAGCAGUGCUGUGCAACUUGUUGGCGUGACCCAGGUUGAGGCCUCUGGAAGAGCCUUCGCCGCCCUGCGACAUGAUGGAAGCGUGUUCGCUUGGGGCGCCCCGAGCUCUGGAGGUAGCACUUGGGCGGUGCGACGAUGGCUGGUGGGAGUUAAGCAGCUCAAGGGCUCACGGUCGGCCUUCGCUGCGCUGCGGUCCGACGGCCAAGUGGUUACCUGGGGAAAUCGAGCACAAGGCGGUGACAGCCACGGGGUCCAAAGACAGCUACGAGGAGUGUCGCGUCUCUUCGCUUGCGACGGUGCUUUUGCCGCAUUGUGUUGGGAUGGUAGCGUGAUCACUUGGGGAGAGGAGGCAUGGGGCGGCAACAGCAGCCAAGUGAGCGAGCAGCUCCAAGGAGUCCGGGAAAUUAUCUCAACGGCCGGGGCUUUCGCUUCCAUCCUUGCAGAUGGUAGCGUAGUGACCUGGGGGCAUCCCGGGUACGGGGGUGAGAGCGGACGGGUGCAAUCGCAGCUGCAAGCUGUAAGGACGGUUGCAGCGACCAGGAAGGCCUUUGCGGCUUUGAGGUCAGACGGUGUGGUGAUCACCUGGGGCGAUGCUCUGUGUGGAGGAUACAGCCACGAUCUUGAGGAGGAACUUGCUUGCGUUGAAGAUCUCUGGGCCGACUCAGCUGCCUUCUGCGCCAGGCGUUCUGAUGCUAGUCUCGUGGCGUGGGGCCUGCUUGAGGAUGGCAUCACCAAUUCUCAGCAAGCCCAAGCCUUUAUUUACCGAAUGACAGGGGCGGGCCAGGAGUCGUGA